CCCACACACACACCGGCCCGGGAGCGGGGGGUCGCGCCGUGCGGGGCCCCCGUCGGGCUGUUGCUGUACCCACGGCGCGGAUCUCCGCGCCGGACAUCCUGAGGAAGACGCGGCCCCGCCGUCCCGUGGGGGUUCCCGGGGAGCAGCGCCGCCCCGGCGGAGGGCUGGCCCGCCCCGAGUGCCAGCAGCCCCCAGCGAGGGAAGCUCAGGGGCUGCAGGGGCGGGAGCUAGUGGGGAAUGUGCCCCUUGUGCCUGUGCUCUCCUCGCGUGUCCCAACUCCACCCUGGCACGAGUCACCAUCCCCACACCCUGUCCCACCACCCCUCGCCGUGGGCCGCCAUCCUUGGCCAUCGGGUCCUCUCCUGCUGCAAGCGCUUUCCCAGAAACUCUGCAACCCCACGAGCCCGGGGGACGACAGCUCAGCUCCAGCUCCGUGGCAGUAACAAAACCACCUUCGUGCCUCUCAGCAGAGGGGCUGCGAUGUCGUGUGGCACCGCACCUCUGCCAGCGGGAGGGAUGAGCAGCGGGCACGUUCCUGGGCAUCCCGAGGGCGGGUGGAUGUGCUGGCGAGCACAGGGCCAGCAGCUCUGUCUCAGAGCUCCCCCAAACCCACUGUGGGAGUUUGCUCAGCCGUGAGGCUGACACAGCCUCUGCAGGACCAGGGCGGGCAGCUGUGGGUGGGAUGGCACCGGGGAAACGCGCCUUUGUGUUGUUGGGUGAGAUAGUUCCCAGCUCUCGUGAUGGAGAGGGGAGGAGAAAUCCCUCGUGUGUGUUGUCAGACACUCGCUUCUCUCUGUGGUGGUGAAUUUUAAACCGCCCCAUCCUCUCUUUGGAGCUGGAGCUUUGCUGUGCUGGCCCCACUAGCCCAGCUAGCCCAGCCUUUGCUGCAGUGGCACGGGCUGACCAUGCUCAGGCAGAGCUGCCUGCCCCUCUCCCUGCACACCGUGCAGUCCUGCCUCUGCUCUGCCCUCCGCAGCACCGCGGCACCGCCGGCCUUCAUGUGAGACAUGGCGAAUGCCGAAGUGAGCGUCCCUGUGGGUGAUGUGGUGGUUGUACCAAGUGACGGAAACGAAGGGGAGAACCCGGAGGAUACCAAAACCCAAGUGAUCUUGCAGCUCCAGCCGGUGCAGCAAGGGAUUUACCAGGAGGGCUCUGAGGCCAGUGCUGCCGUGGUAGCUGUGGAAACUCACACCAUCCACAAGCUGGAAGAAGGGAUCGACCCCAGCACCAUUGAAACGAGCGAGGAGAUCGAGAUCGCCUAUCCCAUCACCUGUGGGGAGAGCAAAGCCAUCCUGCUCUGGAAGAAGUUUGUCUGUCCAGGAAUCAAUGUCAAGUGUGUAAAGUUCAACGACCAGCUGAUCAGCCCCAAGCAUUUUGUUCACCUGGCUGGGAAGUCGACCCUGAAGGACUGGAAGAGAGCCAUUCGCCUGGGAGGGAUCAUGCUGAGGAAGAUGAUGGACUCAGGGCAGAUCGACUUCUACCAACAUGACAAAGUUUGCACCAACACCUGUCGAAGCACCAAGUUUGAUCUCUUGAUCAGCAGUGCCAGAGCACCAGUGCCAGGCCAGCAGAGCAUGGUGCAGACUCCCACCUCAGCUGAUGGGAGCAUCACCCAGAUCGCGCUGUCGGAGGAGAGCAUGGAGGAGGGGAUCGAGUGGAACUCGGCUCUGACGGCUGCUGUCACCAUGGCCACUGAGGAAGGCAUGAAAAAGGACACUGAGGAGAUCUCAGAGGACACACUGAUGUUCUGGAAGGGAAUAGCUGAUGUGGGGCUGAUGGAAGAGGUGGUGUGCAACAUCCAGAAGGAGAUUGAAGAAGUCCUGAGGGGUGUCCAGCAGAGGUUGGGUCAGUCUCCCUUCCAGAUGACAGAUGCCGCGGUCCUGAACAACGUCGCCCACACCUUUGGCCUGAUGGACACAGUCAAGAAGGUUCUGGACAACAGGAAAAACCAGACAGAGCAAGGAGAGGAGCAGUUCCUUUACACACUGGCAGACCUGGAGCGGCAGCUGGAAGAGCAGAAGAAACUCGCCAAGGACCAGAAGGCCAAGUCCCAAACCAUCCAGAACGUGGUGCUGAUGCCCGUCAGCGCUCCCAAACCCCCCAAGAGGCCCCGUCUGCAGCGCCCAGCCUCCGCCACCGUGCUCAGCCCCUCCACCCCCCUCCAGCAGCCCCAGUUCACCGUCAUCUCGCCCAUCGCCAUCGCGCCCGUGGGACAACAGUUCUCCGUGGGCAACAUCCCCGUGGCAACCAUUAGCCAAGGCUCCAGCCCGGUGACUGUUCACACUCUGCCUUCUGGCUCACAGCUUUUCCGCUACGCCACCGUGGUCUCGUCCUCCUCCAAGACCAACUCCUCCGACACCGUCACCCUGCACCCGUCCUCCAGCCUGGCGCUGCUCAGCUCGGCGGCCGUGCAGGACAGCGGAGCCCUGGCCAACGUGGCCACCGUGGUCAACCCCGUGGAACUGGUGGCCAUGGAGUCAGGUCUGACAUCCACCAUCCAAGCUGUGGAGAGCACCUCAGAUGAUGGGCAAACCAUCAUAGAGAUCGACCCGGCGCCCGAUCCCGAGGCGGACGCGGAGGAGGCGCAGGGGAAAGCCGUGAUCCUGGAGACGGAGCUGAGGACUGAGGAGAAAGUGGUGGGAGAAGUGGAGGAUCAUCAGCACCAAGUCCACAACGUGGAGAUUGUGGUCUUGGAGGACUAGUGGGGAAAGGCAAACAAACAAACACCAGUUUUGGGGAAGAGUUGGGAAUUUGGUCGUUUUUUGGCGCCUUUUUUUGUUUUGUGAAGCAUCUUUUCCAGCCCCUCCCCCGUCUGUUCCCACGGACAGUUCAGUGCUGAUGGCAGAGAUGGAACUGGGGGGGUGUAAGGAUAUCUGGAGGAACACAUGAGGCCUGGCAAAGGCUCACAAGAGAGUCUGUGGAGCACUGAACAGUUGUGCCUGUUUGCAGGGUGAAGCAGAGACUGGAUCUGUGCUGAAUCAAGCUGACUGGGAGCAGCUGGCUGAGGGCUCCAGCCACACACACACAGCCACACACACACACACAUACACACCCCCACAGACACACACAAGGUGCUUCUGCUCUGGGCCCUCCCCAGCCCCAGGGUGUCAUUUCACAGUGGCUGGAGGGUUGCUGUGCCUGGGGGAGGGGGGUGACAGCUCAUUUGUACCUCAUUUGUCUUUUAUGUUCCACCAGGGGAAGGUGUGGGACUCCUCACUGUCACCUCACUGGGAUUGGUUUUGCUCUUGUUUUGAGGAUGAGGACAGUAACUCUGACUUUACUGUCCAUCUCCUCCCCCUCCUCCACACAGAUUGGUUUUCUGUCUCUGUUUUUAUGUGUUUACUCUCUCUCUUCCCCUUGCCCAGCUUUCCCAGCUGCACACCUACUCUUGGGGUCCCUGUACCCCAACCCCACACUCUCCCCCCAUCCCUUCCCCUGCCCUGGGUGCUGCAGAUGCCACCCAGAGACUCCAACAUCACUUCAAAAGCAAACAAAACAGAUCAGCUCGAGCUUAAACCCCCCUAACCUGCCCCUUCUGCUGCUCAGCACCGCAGGGACCCAGCGGGGUGGACAAAGCAUGUUGUGCUGUUGCUUUCCAGGAGAGCUGGAGCCCAGCUCGGGGCAGCCUCUGUUUACAGUGAGUGCUGGGGCUGCUCCCUGCUUGUUGCUACUUGUUUGGUGUGUUUCUUUUGGUUGGGUUUCUUUAGUUUUUCUUCUUUCUUUCUUUCCUCUAAUCUCUUGGCAGGGUUAGAGCUGGCACAUUGCUGAGGUAAUGUGCACCUCGCCGCUUCCCCUCUUCCCUUCUGGGGUUUUUUAUUCGGUGGACAGGGGGUUCCCUUUGGGCUGUGCCAUGGGGGGAAGAUGGAAGAGGGGGAAGUGCUGGGUGCAGAGGUUUGGGAGGGCUGGGGAGGGGGAGGGGGGGAGCUGCUUGGCUGGAAAUAUUAAGCAAAACAACAGCAAAAGAAACACACACCUGGGGAGGGGGGUGGGGAGAGGGAAGGAAGAUGUGUUUGGCUAUUUUUUUGCA